UUUUCAGUGUUGGCUUUAGGUCUGGGUUUGUAGGGACAGAGUUUGCUGUUUUCUGUGUUGGCUUUAGGUCUGGGUUUGUUGUAGGACCAUUGGAAUGGGUUUUGUCAGACUUGGCAACCUUGCAGCGACGAGCGCACCGUCGUAGUUCGAGGGCUAGGCUAGCUGUCUAGAGCAUUCGAGAUGUUUAUUGUCUAUGAGAAGGGAAUUCGCUUCGAGCUAUCGAAACCUCAAGGGAAAUCUCAAUAAUGGGAAGGAGCGCGAGCUGCUCAUGUACCUGUCCUGCAGCACGCCUGCGUCUGAAGCGAACCUGAAGCUAGCCUGUUAGCCUGCGCGCGACCCAUCUGCAGCUGUAUAAAUACUGACCCCAAAAUGGUGUUCUUGUUAAACCCUCUGGAGAAUCUGAAAACCUACAUAAGCAACCGUCCACCACUGGUCAUAUUUAUGGUCAGUGUAAGCGCCGUGGCCAUUACAUUCCUCACGGUCGGAUAUUUCUUUAAGAUCAAGGAAAUUAAAUCGCCUGAAAUGACAGAGGACUGGAACACCUUUCUACUACGUUUUAACGAGCUGGACUUCUGCAUCUCAGAGAACGAGACACUCAAGCAUGGCCUGAACGAGUCGACGACACCAGAGAGCACAGUGACAAGCAGCCAAUCACGCACCAGCACCCAAGCGCCAUUACUGCUGGAGGAUCCGGGUCCUAUUAACAUCUCCGUCACCAUUACGCUCACCCUGGAUCCUCUGAAGCCAUUCGGCGGUUACUCGCGCAACAUCACCCACCUGUACUCCACCGUGAUGGGCCAUCAGGUUGGCCUGGCUGGCAGGGAAGCUCACGAAGAGAUGAACAUCACUUUCACUCUGCCUGCCUCCUGGAACUCGGACGAGUGCGUUCUGCACGGACGUUGUGAGCAGGUGGUUUUUAGCACCUGCAUGACCGUCACUGCCGCCAGCAACGUCUUCCCCGUUACAGUGCAGCCACCUCACUGUGUUCCAGAAACGUACAGCAACGCAACGUCCUGGUACAAGAUCUUCACCACAGCGCGGGACUCGGACACCAAAUACACACAGGACUACAACCCUUUCUGGUGUUACAAAGGUGCCGUUGGGAAGGUGUACCACACUCUGAACCCUAAACUCACAGUCAUCGUACCAGAAGACGAUCGCUCUCUUAUCAACCUGCACCUAAUGCACACCAGUUACUUUCUGUUUGUGAUGGUGAUUACAAUGUUCUGCUAUGCAGUCAUUAAGGGUAGACCUGGCAAAGUAAGACAGAACAACCCGGAUUUCUGUCCAGAAAAGGUGGCCUUGUCAGAGGGAUAAGAAUGAUCAUAAUAUGGAAAAUAUGGACUGAACUCGUUCAGCGUCAGACUGGAGAAUCUGGAAUAAACCAUAUCGGACGUGGAGGAGGGGAAAGUGAAAAACUCGUCACCUAUUGAACCCAGGAGGAAGGUGACAACAAACUGUGAUGCGAAUCUCUGCAAUGUUGGGUCACUCCAACCAAAGACUUUCAAGUGCCUGUAUCUACUGUGUAAAUGCUUGUAGGACCCUUAUAUUCAGUACGGAAGCACUUUGCCUAAACUCCCCCUUCCCCAUGUGCCACAAAAUAUGUGAAGAAAAGAGACGGAACGAGUGACAGAAUGUAUGUGUAUUAUCAUUCAAACAUCACGUUUGAUUUUUAAUUUUUUUUCCAGCACCGUUUUUGUCAGUUGCACACAGAAUAUCCCACUUUCUUAUUCAUAUCACCUAUGAUAAUUGUCCAUAGCGUUCCUGACUGUUUGCUUUUUUUUUUCUUGUUGUUGCUCUUUUUUUUGCUUUUUUGAAGCUCGUGUAGUGGCACUAUCAGAUUUCAAAUGGACUGGCGUCUAGAGAAUGACCUGGAAAGCCAGCAGACUGCUAGGCGAUGAUUUAUAAUCUAGAUUUUUUUUUUUUUUUGACACAGAUUUUUGCUUUUUUGUAGGACAUGUAGUGUGUAUGUGUGCUACCUAGAUGCCAGUAGGUGUGAGAGUCAUUUAAUAAAAGAAAAAAAGACUCCAAGGCCUGGAUUUGGCUGGACGAUGCUCCAGUCACAACUGAAACGGAAAGAGCCGUCGUCGAUGGAUUCUCCGAUUGGGACUGAUUCAUCACCUCUCAGAUUUUCACGUUGGUUCACGUACAGGUAGACUGAAUGACAGAAUGUACAGCAUUCAUGAAAUUCACACAUACAAUUACAACCUUAUUUAAAAUGUGAUGUAAAAAAAAAAAAAAGGACUUAGUUUUAUCAUGUGUAAUCUAUUACCUCAAAACAUUAUUGCUUCAUUUUAUUUGGACAUGAAAUAGCUUGGGGAGGUUCCUGCAAAAUUUUUAAUACGUUACUCAGAAAUUCAUUCCUCUUGUCUGUUUUGCAUUACAUAUCAUUUGUCUUUAGUCUUUAAGCCUGUUGGCUAAUGCCACAUAUGAAGUGCGAUAUGAUUCUGUAACAAAUCGUCCAUGUUAGUGUUCACAUUCGACAGUGCAAUUAUUUAAUCGUCUGUUGUAGAUGGUUAGAAUAAGAGAAAGGAACUUUUACGAGUAUGAUGGUUUCAGCAGCUUUUGCUUUUGCCUUGCUCUUUCAUUUUUUUUUUUUUUUUUUCUUCACCUGCUCUCAUAGUAGACUGCCUUAAUGUCCCUUCAUUUCCCUUAUGUGUCAGGAUUAAUGCCGACCUUUUGCUUUCGCAGAUGUUUCCCGUCUUUAGAAAGCACCAGGGUGGUGGCCUGUAAGUGCAAAUGCAUUAACAAAAAAAAAACAAAAAACAAUGCAGCAGCAAAUCAGAAAUCACAACAGCAAAGCCAAUAACACAACAAAUCAGAAACAUAUCAACAAUAAUUGGCUCAUCGGUCUGAUAAACCCGGAAAGAGUAAGAGGAAAAUAUGAACCUAAAUGAAUCUUACUUGAUGCGUUUAUUCAUGUUUAAUUUUAUCAAAGGCAUUCAUAUGCUUUUUUUAAAUAUGCUGUUAUGUUUGCAUGGCAUUAAUGAGUAUGCUGAAAUCUCACCUAAAGGAAGCCACGUUUUUCAGAAGAAAGAAUUAUUCUUUAGUAUUGUAACAUAAGUAAUUUCAAAUUAAUUUUUUUUUUUGCUAGAGUAACUGGAUAACAGUUUGAAAAAGUGCAAUUCUUUUAUUUUCUUCUUAAUAGAAGUAGUCAUACGCAUAUGCUGUGUCCAAUCAGCAACAAGCAUGUGAAGAACGAGGAACCAUUUUGAGUUAAUGUUGACGUGUUUCUGAUUUUGCCGUUGCUUUUUUUUUUUUUUUUUUUUUUUUUUUUUUUUUGCUUGCGCUUAGUCCUGUUUUGCAGUUUGGGUUAAUAAUAUAUUAGGCUCAUCCGACACAAGCAACCAUUUUUAUCUUGUCUCUUUCGCUAGCCGUUCCCCAACACACGCUGUCCAACCACUAACGUGCCUUUGCACUAAUCAUCCAUGUAAAUAUCACGCCUCACUCAAAACACCAGACAAACUCCACAACUGAACUGAGCAACAUUUCACUUAUAAAUAAAUAGCAGGUCAAAUGAUUUCAUCUUUAGCCAUAAUUUAGUGUUAAACCCCAAACAUCAGUUCACCAGUUUAGUUAAGAUUAAUUAUGCUAUACAAAGGAUGUGUUUCAGAAAAGCAAUACUUCAUAUUUAAAGCAUCUUUUAUUACUUGUUGCUUAUAUAAAUACAUUUCUCAGUUUUAUGAUGAUGAUGAUGAUGAUGAUGAUGGAAACCUGAGUUUUUAAUUCGAUUCAAUUUUAAUGCGAAUCCAAAAAAAAGUAGAGUAGUUUAGAAAAGCUGUUUUAAAAAAAAAAAAAGUGGAGGAUAAAAUUAUUUUGUUGGAUAUUUUCUUGAAAUGUGUAAUGGAUUUU